AUGGUGGAGGAGGCGGGCGACAGGACGCAGUCGCAAAUGCGGCUCAACCACGCGGCGGCGGAAGGCGACGCCGGCCUCCCGCCGCCGGCCUUCCUCGGCGGGGCGUCACGGCUCCACGCCGUCGACCAGAACAAAAUGGUCAGCACCAUUUCCCUACUGAAACAAGCAUUACUGGUGCAGAGGUCAGCAUAUCUUGGAAACAACAAUCCCUUCUGGACAUCACCUUUUGUUUUCUCAGAUAACGUAACAAGUACAAGAGCUGGGGACAAGGUCCGCCCAGUCCCAUUAUGGGAAAGAGAAUUCUGCCGCAACGCUUACGACAUUCCUUGGGAGACCUUCUGCGAAAACAAGCGAUUUAUUGAAAUAUUAUUCAAAAACGUCAUGGACUGGGAUGAUUCAGGAGCGCUCAAGAAUUUCGAGGACGCAAAGGAAAGGUUCAGGGCAAAAUAUUUUGGUGAACCUUAUGAGGAUCCUGUGCUAGACCCUGAUAUAUACAUCGAUGAGGUCGAUAACCACUGCAAAGUUGACCCGGAGUUGGUUGCUGGCCUCGAUAAGAUAGCUGGCCUGGACUUGGUAGCCGACCUGGGUUGGGGAGGCAUGGACAACCUGACACCCAUGAGUUGGGGAGCACCGAUAGGCAAUCUGAUACCCAUGGGAUGGGGACAGCCGGUUCCUAAUCUGAAACCCACUGGAUGGGGGGAACCAGCUAAUCCGACACCUGACCCUGCUUGGGGAGGCCAGGGAAUUCAAAUACCAGAUCCAGUCCGCGGAGCCCAGCCUUCCUGCACACCAAACAACAGUAACAAUAACUUGCAUGAAGGUAGACCAUCCAACAACUGGCAGCAGCAGGGGGUGGAUCCAGGCCAUCCGUCAUCUGGGACUGCAAGGAUGCUGCCCGGCGGUGGCAGGAUAUGGAUCAGUGGCGUCAGCGGUGGCAGUGGUGGAGCUGGCAGGAAUUUGAACGGUGGAGGUGGCGGCGGUGGCAGCAGCAGCAAUUGGAAUGGCUGCAGCAGCGGCAAUCAGAGGAACGAGGCUGAGGGGCAAAACCAGCAGCGGAACCGUGGCAGCAUGCAGAGGAACCAGAACUUGUGGCAGCACCUGAUGAGGAGCAUCGGCCGGCAGCAGCAGGAUCAGAGGGGAAGGAAGAUGGAGUGGCGUCCUGUGCAGCGCAACAAGGCCCCCAAAGAUGAUCCUGUCGCUUGA